UAAGCUGCAAUUAAAAAUAUAAAUAUGAAAUUAACAUUACGUCGAUAUUCUUGGCUUUUGGUCCUGCAAUUGACAUUACUGGUGGCCGAUUUGUUCUUCAAUGCCUUUGGCUCCUGGUUGUCGCGGGAUAAGCUCCAAACUGCAAUAUUAUUUUUUGUCGUUCAGGACGCCUUCAUCAUUUUGGAGUAUCUGCUGUUUACAUUGUCAUUGCAUUCGACUUGCGUUUAUCAAGUGGGCGCCUCCCACAUUAUCCUGCGCAACUGCAAAUUGUUUUUGUUCAGUAUUACGGUCUAUUUUCUGCUAUCCGCCUCGCAGCACUCUUGGAUUGUCUACCAGUAUCGAUUGUCCCCAUCAGAAUCCGCUCAGCAAUGGCCCUUGGCUUUGUACGCCUUGGCGGUGUUUCAACGCUUAAUGUCGGUUUUCUAUUAUUACACUUCAAAGUCAACCGCUCUGAUCAUGGCUGAUCCGCGUUAUAAGGAGGAACAUCUCGAUUGGAUAGCCGAGCAAUUAGGCGACAAGUAAAGUCUUGGUACUAUUGUGAUUAAUGGGGAUUAUUAUAUUAUUUUAGCUAGACAGUCUAAUGUUAAUAUUAAAAUGUGAAGCUCAAAUACAGCUAAUAAAUGUAAAUACUCAUCCUACAUGCACAUUAA